AUGAGUUUAGAAUUAUUACCAAACGAAAUUUUACUUGAUAUAUUUGAAUAUUUCAAUGGUAUUGAUCUUCUUCGUACAUUUUAUGGUCUUAAUAAUCGCUUUAAUAUGGUUCUUCAUGGACGAUUUCCAUACUGUUCCAUCGAUUUUCAUUCAAUAUCAAAAUAUGAUUUUGAUACCAUAUGUCAAUCUCACUUUCCAACAAUGUCCAAAUAUAUUAGUACUCUUCAUCUUUUCGACAACGAAGAAACACCUAGACAAAUUAAACUAUUUCUUUCAUCAAUUUCAUCUUUCAAUCAAUUCAUUCAAUUAAAAUAUCUCUCAUUAUCGAAUAUUCGUUCAUAUCCAAUACUGAUAAGAAUUCUCGAAGAAUGUCAUCAUCUUCCAUAUCUUACUCAUUUGAAUUUCAAUAAUUGUUAUCUUCAAGAUAAUCAUGUUGAUUUUCAAAUAAUUAUGAAUCACAUUUGGAGUUUAUCUAAACUUAAAUUUUGUACACUUGGUAUUGCAACUCAAGGACAAUGUAUGUUGUGUACACCAACUAUCACUUCUACAUCUCUCACACAUUUAAUUAUCGAUAGAAUUCAAGUGGAAUUGAAUCAAAUUAAUCGAUUAUUUGAAUUUACACCUAAGCUUCAAUAUCUUUCGUUAUCUAUACGAUCAUUUACUGAUAAUAAUUAUCAACUUAUAUCACUUCCAAGUCUUACUGAUUUGAGUAUUCACUCUAUCAUCACAUGUAAUGCAUUAAAUACGACUAAUUUAUUACAAAAUACUCCUAAUCUUCAUCGACUGAGCAUCGAUCUAUCGUGUGAAAUUGUCGAUGGUACUCAUUUAGAGCAAAUUAUUCGAAAUAAUUUACCUAAACUUGAAAUUCUUCAAUUAAAAAUGAAAAUGAUAUUACAUUUAGGACAACAUAUACAAAACCGUAUUGACGUAUUACUAAAUUCAUUUCAAAGUUCUUUUUGGAUUGAUGAUCAUCAAUGGUUUAUCCGUUGUUUUACUUCGAACAGAACAAUUUAUCUUUAUAGUUUAUCAACUAAAUAUGAAGAAAAUCUUCCAGUCGCAUUUAGAUCAACAUAUCAACAUGAUGAUCAACAAGAUUUUUAUCAUGCAGUAACAAAACUUAUCUCUCCAACAUUUUUCGAUCAAUCCAUUUCAUCUUCCAUUCGUUUAAUUAAUUUAGAAGAACUCCAUCUUAAUCUUCCUAUUGCUGAACAAUUUUGGACUCUUGUACCAAAUUUAAAUCGAUUAAAAACAUUGAAAAUAUUAUUACAUACAAAUGCUUUUCGAUCACAAGUUCAAGCAUUACUUGAUCGAGCACCUCAUCUAUAUCGAUUAAAUAUUAAUCAACAUGAAUCAACGAAUUUCUCAACAUCACUUUUCAAAUAUAGAAAUGCAUCUAUUCGUGAACUUGAUUUACGUGAUAUAAAUUAUUAUUUUAAUGAAGAAGAUUGUUUCAACUUCAGUCAUUCACCAUUAGGAAUGCAAUGCGAAAAAUUAUCAAUCUUAGUUUCGAAUCGACAAUGUGUGGUCACUUUAAUCAAAUUCAUAACUAAACUUCGAAUGAUAAAUGUCCGGUGUAAAGAUGAAAUAUACAUCCAACCAUCAAUAUCAGAAGAAGACAAUGAAGAUGAGUGUAUACAAUGGUUGAAAGUUCAUCUACCAUCAAGAUGUGUGAUUGUUAGAGAUCCUAAAUUGACAUGUAAUAUUCUUAUAUGGAUUUAA